AUGCUGUUGGACGCCUACUGUGAAGAACGCCCCAGGAUAUGCGUCGCCUACAAAACUGACAGUGAUCUUCUCAAAAGCCCCAUCAAUGCCAAAACCCAACCGCUUCCAACAUGCUCACACUGCCAACGCCCAUUCCGUGCACGAAUCGGUCUCGUGGAACACCUUCGGGUCCAAUGUGCCUACAACCCGACAACGUCUAAUUCUCCCUCCUCUCUCGCCCUGUCGCAAACCUCGCACCGACCACAACCCCAGUCAGCAUUGAUCAGAGAGCCGUUGCCCCGCGCUGCCUCGCCGCCAUCAACCACUGACACCAUCCACCCUGCCGCAACCCUUGCGUCAACCACAGCAAGCAGUUUUACCACCACCACCACCACCACCACCACCACCACCACCACCACCACCACCACCACCACCAGAUCACGCACUCCACCCACCAAUAGGAUGAUGCCCGACGUCUUUUGGUUCAUGACUGACUGUUUACCCGGUCUUUAA